AUUUUAUUUUAUUUAAAUGGAUCCUGAAUAUCUAUGCACUAUUGCAAAUCACUCUGAAGAGCCUAUAAUUGCAUUUUGUUUUAACUUAGAAUGUGAAAAACCAAGAAAAGUUUGUUUUUAAUGUUUUUAAACUAACCAUGCUAAACAUUAAGGAGAUUGCUUAAGAUUUAAUUAAGUUUAUUCAAUGAUUUAAAAUUGUAUUCAAUUAUUAGUCCAAAUGGAGACCUCUGAGUAAAAGAAAAUGGAAAACAUAAUUAAAUUAUUUAAAAAGAAUAUAAAGUUUAUUACAAGUGAGAAAGAUAAAUUAAUUGAAUUGAACUCUAGAAUAAAAUAAUAAGACUAUUAAUAAAUUUUUGAACAGUUAGAAUAACUAAAAUAAUGGAGAAAUGUUAGUUUGAGCAAAUUUGUUAAGAAUAGUGAUAUCAGUAUAUUUAAUCAUAAAUUUUAGGCAUUCAAGUAGAUGAAAUCAAAAAAUUUGAAAAAUCUUUUGAUUAGUUUUAUUCACAAUAUUCUAAAGUUGAUGAUAUUAUUAUUUAAUCAAAUGAUUAAAACGAAUAAAAUACUAAUGAAAGAAAUCCAAAUAUUUAAAAUUAAUCGAAAUAAAUUAAAUCUGAAAAUCUAGCAAUUUAAUGCUUAUCAUCAGGUUUAUUAAUAAUUAUAUUUUAGCUGCUGAAUUAUAUAAACAGGAAUAAUUUUAGGAAGCUUUAAAGUUUGCUAAUCAAGCUUUAAAAAUAGAUUCUAAUAUAGAGUAAGCAUAUUUAAUUAAGGGUAAUAAAAUUAUUCUAUUAAAAAUUUUAGGACUUUCUUUACUUCAUUUAGAUUAGUAUGAGGAAGCAAUUGAUUCCUUUGAUGAAUGCUUGAGAUAAAAUCUAAAAAUAGAAACAGUUUAUUACCACAAAGGUAGUCAAUAUUAAUUAAUUUUUUAGGAUAUUGCCUAUCAGUUCUUGAACAUUAUGAUGAUGCUAUUAAAUGUUAUGAUUAAGCAUUAGAACUAAAAUAAGAUCCUGACUUUUAUUUGAAAAAAGGUUUAACAUAUUUAAUAUUUUUGUAGCAUAAACUUUACAUUAAUAACAAAAGUAUUAACUAGCUCUUGAAACUAUAAAUAAAGCAUUAGAUAUGAAAAGUAAAUAACCCUACUGGUAAAUAAAAGGUAAAGUUUAGAAUUUUAUUUUUAGGAGCAAUUCUACAUUAAUUAGGAAAUCCUAAUGAAGAAUUAAAUUGUUAUUUAAAAGCACUUGAAUUUGAUUAGAAUUAAUCAAGUAUAAAUCAUAAUAUUGGUAUAAAAAAUUAUUAUUAAUAUAGGUGUCGCACUAUAUUCUUUAUAAAGAUACUAAGAAUCUUUGAUUUAUUUUGAUGUUGCUCUAAAUUUGGAACCAAAUUCACCUGAUUCAUUCAAUCAAAAAGGUAAUUUAAAUUCUAAUUUUAGGUAUGAGUUUACAAGCAUUAAAUAAACAUUUAUUGGCCAUAGCUUGUUUUGAUUCUGCAAUAAAAUGUCGAGAAAAAGCAUCGUAUUUAAUAAAUAAAGGUAUUGAUUUUAUUAUAAUUAAUAGCUUAAUCGUUAAUUGCUCUUAAAAAAUAGAAAGAAGCUUUAGAUAUAUAUGAAUAUGUUCGUGAAAAAUAUGGUGAAUGAUCUUUAUAUAUUAAGAAAG